AUGGCGCCACCUACAGCCGCGCCGCCGCGCUACUUCAGCUUCAAGGACUUUCUGUCGGAAGCGGAGGCCGCGGCGUUCUUCGAGCUCUCGCACGCCGAGCAGGUCGCCAAAGUGACGCAGUACUUGGGCUUUUUGGGCCAGCAGCCGGACUCGGCACAGUUCACGAAGUCGUCAAAGGCGUCCAUCAGCUUCGCCAGGCUCCGGGAAAACUGCGAAGAGGACGACGAGAGUCCUAAGCUUGCACUGGAUGCGUCAUUACUGCAGAGUCUCCUGCAAGGACGAACGCGGAGCGGCUUCGGCGCAUUUGGCACGGAACCGGGUUUUCUGCCUCAAAAGCGACUGAGCUUGGCGGUCGCGCACACCGUCGAAGACAUCGGCCACACCUACGUUGUUGAGCGUAACAAGCGCGGCGAGCCAAGACCGCCCGUGCUCAACAGUCGGAGCUUCUUCUUCUACUGGUGCCACGCUGAGAAGCAGAAGUUGAUGGACAUCCGGGAGAAGUUAGCAGCGCAAAAUAUGCCGCCAGAGCAGAGGAGGCUCUAUUGGCAGCGCAUUGUGGUUGUCGUGGACCGCGCCAUGUGCGAAGACUGUAUCCGAUUCGCAGAGUGCUUCGCGCGGUUUGAGAAGACUGCGGUACAUAUUCAAGACCCAGAGGUUGAACGGGUUUUCCCGCUCUCUAAUGCUCAGCAAGUAGCUUAG